CAGCAAAGCCCGCAGUUCCCGUGGAGAUGAAUUACGUCAGAGGAACCGGGCACGCAUUUGUUGUCGGUAACGUGGAAGUGGGAGACUCUCCCUGAGGCCAAAGCAGCUGCUGUGAAGACAUGCCUGCAAAAAAGAAAAAUGCCGUUCCUGACAGAUGGACAGACUAUACACCACUUGGUAAACGGAUCCCUGGAACUCGCUUCAUUGCCUUUAAAGUUCCCUUAAAACAGUCUUUCAGAUAUCAUUUAACCCAGUCUGAAGCCUUUGGACCGUUUGAUCUUGUGGGCAUGUUGGAGAAGGAAGGACAAGAACUGGGUCUCAUCAUCGAUCUGACCUUCACAACUCGCUACUACAAAGUAGAGGAUUUGCCAAACACAUUGUACCACCUGAAGAUCUUCACAGCAGGGCAUGAAGUGCCGAACGAUGCCACGAUUCUCAGCUUCAAGAAGGCCGUCAGACAUUUUCUGCGUGACAAUGAAAACAACGAGAAGCUGAUUGGUGUUCAUUGCACGCAUGGUUUGAACCGCACAGGAUAUUUAAUAUGUCGAUACCUAAUCGAUGUUGAUGGGAUGAACCCCCAAAAUGCAAUAAAUUUAUUCAAUGAGUCAAGGGGACAUUCAAUUGAGAGGCAAAACUAUCUUGACGACCUGACGAAGGGGCCCAAGAGAAGUAAUGAGGGAAUGGAGGAACCAGACCAAGAACCAACCCAGGGACUUGCAAACGAGCCACGAGAUGAUGCUCCUCCUCAUCAUCGAAGGGAACAGCAUAACCAUGAUCCUCCUUUAAAUGGACAAGGACCUCACCAAUGGCACAGGGAACCCCAGAAUCAGUUUCUACCGUUUCAACAGAAGAACAUUAUGACUUGGUUCGGACCACCUGAGCCCCAGUUUUUCCGUCCGCCCUUGAUUCCUCAUCCACCACAGGAAAUGAGACCAGUGGGACCCUGCUUUCCCAACCAGGGUGUCAGAGGAUUCCACUUCGGGCAUUAUCCACCUCCACUUCCCUCAUACAGGUUUGGUGAGCCAUACCACAAGCCACGCGCUCCUCCAGAGGGAUUCACAAGACCGCCGGGGUCUCACCGAAAACAUCGAUAUAGACAUAGGAGAGGUCCACAUGAUAGGACUCCUCGCUGAGACAGAGGAGACCUCUGGACUUUUCCUUUGGUGGAAUAAAUGGAUUUGGUCUCCUACAGAGGUUGACUGUUUUAUUAGACUUUGCUGGCUGACAAUGGUACUACUACGUUUUGUGAUGGGUAUCUGUUAUUAGGUCAUUUUAUCCAGCAAAACAUAAUUCUCACACAUAAGUGCUGCUGAUCUAUCAUGCCUUUAGUUUUAAAUGAAGUGAAAUACUAAACACCAUUGCAAGUGCAAUUACAGUUGUUUUAUUAUCUAUUUUAAACAUUUUUUAUUUCUUUUUUUAUCAGUUGAAAUAUUCUGGCUGAUGUAUAGUCUAUUAUUUAGGCUACCAGUCUACUUAUAUUCUUGGUGAUCUGAGAGAACCAAGGUUGAGAUCAACUGAAAUAAAA